AUUCAGGAAGAACCCUACUCAUUUCAAAAAUAGGUGGGGAUUUUUGUCAGAAUUACAUUAUUUUGAAAGGAAAUUAUUAUAAACUUGAGUACUUAUCGAGUGUGGAUAGCGAGCUCCUGUGUCGAGCAAAUAGAUACAUCUCCCAUCACCUGCCAAUUAAUCACCAUUCCAGCCCAGCCCACUUGUGUGGUUGGACCAGGUCUGGCCCGUUGGCAUGGCGAUGAUGGAGGAAGGGGCGCGGAGCUGCCUGCUUCAGUCACGCUCCAGCCUGGAGCAGGACAUCAGGGCUUCCUACCUGAUGGAUCACAUGAUCAGUGACGGUGUGCUGACGGGGGACGAGGAGGACAGGAUCAGGAGCAAGCCCACCAGGAGAGAGCAGGCGGCGGCCCUGCUGGAGCUGCUCCUGAGGAAGGAUAACCAGGCCUACAUCUCCUUCUACAACGCCCUGGUCCGCGAGAGCUACGGAGACCUGGCCAGCCUGCUCCACAACAGCCUGCCCCUAGUCUCCCCUGAGGCUGAGAAGAGCUUCUCAGACGGUGGCACCCGCUAUGUCCAGGCGGUGCUGAGUGAGGGCGGCGUGCCCCAGAGACCCGUGGUGUUUGUGAGCCGGCCAGCCCUGAUGAACCGGGUCAGGGAGAAGCUCUACCGCUUGCAGAAGGAGCCCGGCUGGGUCACUGUGUUCGGCAUGGCCGGCUCCGGCAAGUCUGUCUUGGCUGCGGAGGCAGUCCGUGACCACGCACUCAUCACAGAGUGUUUUCCAGGAGGAGUCCACUGGCUGUCCAUAGGCCAGCUGGACCGGUCUGACCUGCUGGUUAGGAUCCAGUCACUGUGUUUCCGCCUGGAGCAGCAGAGCCAGGAGAAAGACCCCUCGUCCUCCCUCCACCGGCCUCCUGGCUCUCUGGAGGAGGCCAAGGAGCGACUACGCUUCCUCAUGCUCCGUCGUUACCCCAGGUCGUUGCUGAUACUGGAUGACAUCUGGGACAGCUCGGUGCUCAAGGCCUUUGACAUACAGUGUCGAGUACUGCUCACCACCCGAGACAGAAGCCUAGCCGAAUGUGUCAGCGGUCCUAAGUCUGAGGUGGCAGUGGAGAGUGGUCUGGAGGAGGGUCAGGCCUUGGAGAUCCUCGCCCUGUAUGUCAACAGGAAACCCCAGAGACUCCCAGAACAGGCCCGCAGCAUUGUCAGAGAGUGCAAAGGCUCUCCCUUGGUGGUGUCCCUAAUCGGGGCCCUGCUGCGGGAGUUCCCAGACCGCUGGGCCUACUACCUGCACACGCUCCAGCAGAAGAAGUUCAAGCGUAUCCGUAAGUCGUCUUCGUAUGACUACGAUGCCCUUGACCAGGCCAUGGCUGCCAGCAUCCAGGUCCUGUCCAAGGAACACAGGGAGCUGUACAUUGACCUCACCGUGCUGGAGAAGGACGUCAAAGUACCUGCCAAGGUUCUGUCAGUUCUGUGGGAUCUAGAACCGGAGGAGGUGGAGGACGUUCUCCAGGACUUUGUGAACAAGUCCCUACUGUUCCGUGACUGUCACCACCGGCCCUACCUCUACUACCUCCACGACCUCCAGCUGGACUUCCUGGCUGAGAUGAACCGCUCUGGCCUAGAGAGCCUCCACACCAAGGUGGUGCGUCAGUACCAGCAGCGCUACAGCCAGGGUCCCCCCACCUCAGGAGAUGAAGAGUGCCUCUACUGGUUCAGAUUCCUCACCUACCACAUGGCCAAGGCCAACCUCACACAGGAGUUGUACUCUCUGAUGUUUUCUCUGGACUGGGUCAGAACUAAAGCUCAGAUUAUGGGACCGGCUCAUCUCAUCAAUGACUAUUUGGAGUACAGCACCAUACUGGACAAAGAGAACAGCGAGGUGCGGGGCCACUUCCAGGAGUUCCUGUCUCUGAACGGCCACCAGUUGGAGCAGCGUCCGUUCCCUGACGUAGUGCAGCUGGCCCUGUCCCAGCCAGACUCCUCUGAGGUGUACCGCCAGGCCCUGCUGCAGGCGCAGGAGAGGGCCACCAGAGGGGGACUCUACCUUGACUGGGUGAACAAAAGUAGUCUGAAGAGCCUGUCUCGUCUGGUGGUCCAGCCCCACCAGGGAUCCAUCUACUCUGCCUGCUUCUCCCACGACGGCACCAAGAUCGCCUCCUGUGGCUCCAGCAAGACACUGCGAGUGUUUAAGAGCACGUCUGGGGAGAAGCUGCUGGAGAUCCAGGCCCACGACGAUGAGGUGCUCUGCUGCGCCUUCUCCCCGGAUGACCGUCUCCUAGCAACCUGCUCCAGUGAUAGGAAGGUCAAGGUUUGGAAUGUGGAGCGUGGGACUCUGAUGAGGAUGUUUGAGGACGAACACGAGGAGCAGGUCAACCACUGUCAGUUCACCAACACACGCCGACGCCUCCUACUGGCUACCUGUUCCAACGACAAGUUCAUGAACACCAAGCUGUGGAACAUCAAUAAACCCUCCUCCCAGAACACCAUGUUUGGUCAUUUGGAGCCUGUCAAUCACUGCUGUUUCUCCCCUGAUGACGCCUACCUCUCCACCUCUUCCAGUGACGGAACCCUGAAGCUGUGGGAGGUGUCCUCGGCCAAUGAGUGGAAGUCCAUAGACGUGGCGGACAUGUUCUCGGAGCAGAGAGAGCAGACGGAGGUCAUGGUGAAGUGCAGCACCUGGUCAGCAGGCGGCAGGACCAUCAUCUGUGCUGCCAGGAACGCAGUCUUUGUGUUUGAUGUAGAGACGGCGGCCAUGUUGUUAGAGAUCCGGACCAGUCGUCUGAGCACGGUGCAGUACUGUCACGCCUGCCCCAGCAGCAACCUGGUGGCCAUCGCACUGUCACACUAUGCUGUGGAGCUGUGGGACAUAGAGACCAGUAAGAAGAUGGCUGACUGUAGUGGUCAUCUGAGCUGGGUCCACGGAGUCCAGUUCUCCCCUGACGGAUCUCUACUGCUCUCCUGUUCUGAUGACCAGACCGUCAGGGUGUGGGAGACUAAUAAAGUCCACACCUCCUCGGCUGUCUGUCUGAAGAGGGACUCUGACGUGCUCUUUAACAACGGUGACAUUACUGUGGUCGCUGCCGACAACCGCAACAGACUGCAGGUGAGGAAUGGGAGGACCGGAGCGGUGAUGUUCCAGUCAGAGAACCAGGAGUCUCGUAUCUGCUGCACUGCUAUCUGCUCACAGACCUCAGCCGUGGGGCUGGGACGAGAGGAUGGGACGAUACAGGUGUUGGAGAUGCCGUCGGGGACCUCUCUAGCCACUCUUCAGGGUCACACCAGGGCAGUUCUCCACUGCCAGUUCACCCCGGAGGGACACACACUCAUCACCUCCUCUGAGGACACCACCAUACGGGUGUGGAGGUGGAGGACAGGUGAGUGUGUGGUUCUGGAGGGCCACAAGGAGCAGGUCAGAUGCUUCUCUCUGCUCACCACCACACCCUCCUCAGAGACACAUCUCCUCAGCUGGUCCUUUGACGGCACCAUCAAGGUGUGGGACAUGUCUAGUGGUGAACGGCUGCAGGAUCUAGUGUGUCACCAGGGGGCGGUGCUAGCCUGUGACGUGUCGCCUGACGGACAGCUCUUCGCCACCACCUCCGCUGACAAGACUGCCAAGGUGUGGAGCAGUGCAUCGUGGGAGUGCGUGCGCCUGUUGAACGGCCACCAGGACUGUGUCCGCAGCUGCCGCUUCUCUUGGGACGGCCGGCGCCUAGCAACCGGCGACGACAACGGAGAGAUACGGCUGUGGAACGUGAAGGAUGGUACUCUGCUUAAGAUCUGUUCCCGUGACAACAAGGACGCCAUGGACUCUCUGCACGGAGGCUGGGUGACCGACCUGCACUUCUCCCCAGACAACACUGUGUUGCUGUCUACAGGAGGAUACAUUAAGUGGUGGAACGUGGAGAAAGGAGAGGCCCUCCAGACCUUCUACCCGACAGGAGCCAAUCUGAAAAGGAUCCACGUGUCACCUGACUUCUCCACCUUCGUCACCAUCGACAAUAUCGGAAUCCUCUACAUCCUUAAGAAGGUGGAAUGAGAGGGAGGCAUAGCUCAUUAGUCUAAAGUGGUUUCCUUAUAGCUCAUUAGUCUAAAGGGGGCGUAGCUCAAUAAUGGAAAUAGUUCUCGUCUCCUCUCCUUGCAUUGAUCUGAAAGAGCCAGACAGGUGAGAGCCAAUGUCUGUUAGUCAUCUGCCAUGUUGCUUUAGCCUGCGUUCUCAGAUCAGAGUAGGUGAAGAACAGGAGAUCUGCUAAAGGACAAUCAUUUCUCCUGCUCUGCCUUCUGCAUGCCACAACAGUCAAACAAUCACAACAAAAUACAUCAUUUCUCCUGCUCUGCCUUCUGCAUGCCACAACAGUCAAACAAUCACAUUAAAUACAUCAUUUCUCCUGCUCUGCCUUCUGCAUGCCACAACAGUCAAACAAUCACAUUAAAUACAUCAUUUCUCCUGCUCUGCCUUCUGCAUGCCAUAACAGUCAAACAAUCACAUUAAAUACAUCAUUUCUCCUGCUCUGCCUUCUGCAUGCCACAACAGUCAAACAAUCACAUUAAAUACAUCAUUUCUCCUGCUCUGCCUUCUGCAUGCCACAACAGUCAAACAAUCACAUUAAAUACAUCAUUUCUCCUGCUCUGCCUUCUGCAUGCCAUAACAGUCAAAACAAUCACCGCAAAAUUGAUAUCCUGCCAAAAUGAACUAUUCUGCUUUUCUUAUUGUAUCAGGGGACCAUAGACAAAAAGCAUUUGAUUCUUACUGCACUGGGGUAAAUUGCAUGCAAUAUGGAGAGAUUUUUCUAUGCUCUUUUUAACUAGGAAAAUCUAUGCUAUAAUGAAAUGCACCAGCAUUAUCUGUUGUGAUUCUACAGGGAUGUUGUCAAACACAGUGAAUUGGUUUUGUAUUUCUAAGUGCCCAAUUAGUCUUUUGCUUUGUUAAUGUCGUGGCACUCUGCAAAUGGUCAUGAUUGUGUUCCGUCGUCUUAAACAAAGUACAUGUAUUUUUCCCUGUGAAGUUUGGGUGGCAGGGAGCCUAGCGAUUAAGAGCGUUGUGCCAGUAACCUAAAGGCUGCUGUGUCAAUCUGAGCCGACUGGAUGAAAAAUCUCUCUAUGCCCUUCAGCAACACACUUAACCCUAAUUUGCUCUUGUAAGUCGCUCUGGAUAAGAGUGUCUGUUGACUAAAAUCUAAAGGUCUAAACCUGUGUAUUUGGACUAACUAAAGCCUUAAAGAUGGAUUCCGCAGUAUGGGGAAGCCUACCCACCACUUAAAAAAAAAAAUCAAACCUUGACCUAAGGCAUUUGUCAGAAUAGCAUCUGUCGACUAUGUUUACUAUCAAGUUCAAUACUGUUUAGGACAUUUUAUACACUAAUUAUAUCAAUAGAGCCUGUUUUUUGUUUGUUUGUACAAGUCCUUUUUUAUUGUAUAUAUCUUGCUUUCAUACAUUUAGUUUUCUUAUUACUACUGAUCCUCGCUCUAGUGAGCUUUGUAGGAAGGCACUAUGAUUUAUCUCUUGUGGUCUGUAUCAAGAACAUGGCCUUGUUCCAAUACUUUGACAAUGCGUCCUUCCUUCCUUGCUUCCUUCCUUCCAUCGUUGCUUGUCGUCAUCUCUGAUCUGACGCUAUUGAAUAGCUGACCGAUUGCUUCCACUUCAUGGUUGACAAUCCAGAGUCAUUUCAAAUCUGUGAAUUUUUGAAAGGAAAGGAUGCGUUUUCAAAGUAUUCAAUCUGGGCCUUGUUUUUGAUGUCAGAACAUGUGCUCUUACCUAUUGGUGCUUUAAACUCAGUGCAAGUAAAACAUCAGAGGAGGUCUCUCCCUGUCAAUCAAAUCUGUGAAGUCACAAGGUGAUCUCAGGACAUGAAUACUGUUAUGGUAAAGUGCUUGUGUGUGGUCUGUAAUGUAAAAUGUUUAAUUCUCUAAGGUAUUAUAAGACAGCAGGUGGCUUACAUACUCCUCUAAAUGUGUCAUUAAAUCAUUUGAUGUUCACUGUCCAGAGCAUAGGGUCGUAUUUGAUCUGCACUGAACAAAAAAAACACAUGUCAAGUGUUGGUUUCAUGAGCUGAAAUAAAACAUUCCUGAAAUUUUC